CUUUGAUAUAAUAGCAGCAAACUCUGAGACAGCCGAGUUGGGAGGUCCAAACAACUUGUCCUCCUCUGUGCUACAAGGGUUUACAUGCACAACAGUAAGAUCUUUAGGAAAGAGGCAAAUCAAGAAUCUGAUUAAAGCCUGUCGGAGAAAAGGGACAAACAAGGUUCCAUUGGUGGAGACUCAGCUGACCUGCAUGUACAACCAAAUCAAAGAAGAGUCAGAUGCCACCAGCUUUUCCCUCUAUCCUCCAGAUGUGUUGCUUUACUAUGAUUACUCUCUGGUGCCACGGAGCAGCUGCAGGUCUUAUUUUCAAGAGUUGGCUGAUGCCGACUUCUCCAUCUUUUCUUCAGCACUGACAUACAGACGGUCCUCUUUGUUUAAUAAUGCAAGGAACUGCUUGGGAAUAACUAGCACAAGUUUAACUGAGGAUAAUGUAUCAGUUUUGGGGAACAUGUGCUGCAUUCUUGAUGGCUCCUACAUCCAAAACUCUCAUCCAUCUAUACUGGAACAACUCAAGAACUGUCCAGAUCUCACUGUUGGUCAAUCAACUGCAGUUAUAACCCUUCUGACCAAUGGAAAUACACCUUAUGGAGAUCCUUCAACAUGGAGUGAACAAACUCUAAAAGACCUUGGGAUGCUAACUCUGCAUUUGACUUCAUCUUUCUAUCAGCGCUUUGAUCAGGACACAAAGCGUAACUUCUUGAAAUACUUUCUGAAAGUCUUUGGUAGAGUGAGCAGAGAACAGAGGAAGCAACUGAAGAAGGAGAUAAGACAGUCCAUCAAAAGUGAUUCAGACCAAACUGCAGAGUGCACAGUUGGAAUAAUCACUCAGGUCACAAUCAGUGACCCCACCUUCCCCUUUGACUAUAACAUCAACCAAUUCAACAACUGUCUGUCAGUUUCAACUGUCAAAGACAACUUGGAUGGCAUCACAGAAAAGGUGGAUGAGGUGGAAUACCUCAGGAUUGUUCUCCAGAAACUGCAAGAGGCUGACAACUCCAUCAUUCCAGAAGAUCAGGUUCAACUCCUCGGUGCAGCUUCUCGAGUUGCCACAGUUCAUGAUAUUCUUUCAUGGACCAUCAGUAAAAUCGACACGCUUGCUGCUUUGAUGGACUCUUCAAAUGGAGGCUGGGACCCAAACGUAGCUAAGGUUAUCAUCUCUAAGUAUCUGGCUGUUGGAGGAAACAAACUUAGCAGUGCAGAGCUGAAUGUUAUUGGGGGACCAAAUCUCUGCUCUCUAGAUGUGGACGUCAUCAGGACUAUUUCAUCACAAAACUUCAGAGAAGUUGACUCUCUGGACAUCUCUAGCUGCACUACUGACAAAAAGAAAGAGUUUUUCACUAUCUCAUUUGAAGCAUUCAACCUUACAACAAGCUCAGUUUCUGUUUUUCAGCUCAUACAACCAUACAUCGGAGGUGCAAAUGUUAAUUAUAUUCGUAGUUUGGUGGUCUCUGGUGUUAACAUGGACCUGGCCACCUUCACCAGUUUGGAUGAAAAAGUUGUGCUGAGUCUAACCGCAAGUGAAGUUAAAGGUCUGCUUGGCACCAGCCUCCCAGAUUUGAAGUCUUAUGAAAACCAAACUCUGGUGCAGACCUGGAUCAGAAGUCAAUACCAGUCGGAGCUUGACAUUCUAGGAUUGGACCUCCAAGGAGGCAAAGUAGACCCCUCAAUUCCUCCAUAUUACAGUUCUACAACACUAUCUACACCCACCAUUCUUUCUGAAAUGACCAUUCUUACAACUACAGGUGACUUCAAAGGACAGUGCCGAGGUAUCACAGCAAAUGAAUCAAAUACAUGUGUUGGAGUAAACAGCACAGAUCUUCAAGUCUUCCUCAACAGUGGAAAGAUGAGCAAACGCUUCUGUAACUUUUCUGUGGAAGAGUUUGCUUGUGCCUCUCUUUCAGCCUUAACAGCACAGGACCUGGUAGAGAUUAUGAAGUGUGAUCUGUCAUCAAACUCAAGUGGGUCCAUAUCGGCCUGGAAUCUUCUCUUCUGUAAAACUUCCGGGAUCCUGAAUGCAGCUCUGAAUCUUCUGACCACUGCAACAAUCAACCCCAACAAUCCUGCAGUGUCAGUGAUUUUGGACAGCAUACAAGCAAUCAGUCCAGAUCUUUUCAGCACAAACACACUGAAUAAUCUCACUGAGCUGCAGCUGUGGUUUAACGUUCGCCUUCGCCCAUUCUUGCCUGCUGUUUCCACCAACUUUCUCUCAAUUCUUGCAACAAAGGAUUUGCAGUGCAACUCCUACCAAUAUAUGUAAGCAAGACAACAAAUAUUAGUAGGGAAUAUACCUGAAAAUCUGACUAAUUAUUUAAUUAUGUCACAGUAUUAUAUGUUGUGUAUUCAUCGAAUGUCCUACUCAUGUGUUUUAAAAAAUAGCUUGCAAAUAUUGAGUGAAGUACAACCUCAGAUGACUCUUUCUAAGCAAGAAUCUGUGUACACACAAUUCAUCAAGAUCUACCUGAGCAGAAAGGAUACUGCAGCAACAUCACCAAAGUGCUACGACAGCAACAACCCAGAGCUGAACUCCACAGCCUGGUUUGCAGAGUACAUCGGCUCUUUCAUCACUUUUCUCACUGUGGUGGAUCUUCAGUCAUUUGGAUCUCAACAGG